AUGCGGGGAGCCAGUCGUCAAACCAUUUUCACUGACCCAUUUCCCCUCCCUCCUCUCAUUUCCCCACCUUCCCUCUUUCUUUUCCACCACUACUCCUCAUACCCCCCUUCUCUCCCUCCUAUUUUCCGCCCUUCCUCCUCUCAUUUCCCCCCCCCUGCUUCCUCGAUUUUCCCCCUCUGCUCCCCCUCGUUUCCCCCCCCCCCCCCCUUCCCCUUGUUUCCCCCUCUGCUCCCCCUCGUUACCCCCUCUCCUUCCCCUUAUUUCCCCCUCCCCUUCCCCUCGUUACCCCCUAACUUUCCCCUUAUUUCCCCAUCUGCUUUCCCUCGUUCCACCCUCUCCUUCCCCUUAUUUCCCCCUCUGCUUCCCCUCGUUCCCCCCUCUCCUUCCCCUUAUUUCCCCCCCUGCUCCCCCUCGUUCCCCCCUCUCAUUCCCCUUAUUUCCCCCUCUGCUUCCCCUCGUUCCCCCUUCUCCUUCCCCUUGUUUCCCCCCCUGAUCCCCCUCUUUCCCCCCUCUCCUUCCCCUUGUUUCUCCCUCUGCCUCCCCUCGUUCCCCCCUCUCCUCUUCCGUGUUUCCUCAUCUGCUCCCCCUCGUUCCCCCCUCUACUUCCCCUUAUUUCCCCCUCUGCUCCCCCUCGUUACCCCCUCUCCUUCCCCUUGUAUCCCCCUCUGCUCCCACUCGUUCCCCCCUCUCCUUCCCCUUGUAUCCCCCUCUGCUCCCACUCGUUCCCCCCUCUCCUUCCCCUUGUUUCCCCCUCUGCAUUCCCUAGUUCCACCCUCUCCUUCCCCUUAUUUCUCUCUCUGCUUCCCCUCGCUCGUUCCCCCCUCUCCUUCCCCCUAUUUUCCCCUCUGCUUCCCCUCCUUUCCCAUAUGCUUCUUCACAUAUCCGCCCUCUUCCGGCCCUCUUUUUAUCAUCUCCCCUCCCUUCCACCGCCUCACCGCAGCCUAG